AUGCUCAUGUAUGUAUGGGAGAUGUUCUCGACUCUCUUGACGACAGGACGUCGUACUACGCUGCGCUUAGGCGAACGAAGUGACCGAACACCGUCGAGAAACAGAUGUGAAUGGGGACGGGAGCGUGCUCGGAGACCUGGACUGCCACUCGUGGUCCUGGCCGCAUGCCUCGCAGCGUGGGAUCGUCUCUCUGCGGCUCUACCAUCGUUGUCGAAGCUACUCCUGUCCAUUGCGAAACCCGUGCCUUCAACCAGCUUUUGCGGUCCCAGUCAUAGGCUAGAUGCGUAG